UCAUCUACCUUAUGUCACCUGGCAGUGUGUACCUCCUGCAGCGUGGAGUGUUCCUGGAGUUCACACUGCAGUGGGCAAGCAGCACCAGCUGUCUCAGUGUGUAUGUGGUUCGUCUAAACAGCCUGCCUCCCAAGUAUCACAAGAGUAGCUGCACUCUCACCCUUACACUCACCAGUCCACCUAACAGGGAGGGAGGGGCGGUCGUCACCAUCACCAAAACCUCACCCCGCCUCAGGAAUGCUACUCUCAACCCAGAGUGCAACUACCUAUUCUCCUACCCAGAGGUAUCAGUGGAGCAGCUUCGGCAGAGUAUGCUGGUGUUCGGGCUGCAGGUGCGGCGAAGCAAGCACCUCCUCAACAAACAGGUGGGGGAGCUGCGCUAUGCCCUGGGUGAAGCCAACCUCCAGCCAGACACACCACGCACUGUCACCAAGCCCAUCAUGCUCAAAAAGAAGGAGUCAAGUCCCUGGGCAAGUGUCAGCAGUGGAGCUGGCAGUGAGGCAGUGUGGGGGCAAGUGCAGGUGGCCGUCCAGUACCAGGUGACAGGCACCUGGCAGGCACGGAUAAAGGUGGUCCUCCUCCGAGCUCAGAGUGUCCUCAUCAGUAAGGGGGGAAGCGAAGAGUACAAGAUGGAAGUUGUGGUGAAGAGAGGUGAGGAGACUUUAGCUGUACACCACACCAAGCCCACACCAGGUCCCUCCCCAGUCUGGAACACUCCUUUCAUCUUCGACGUGGCCCAGGACAAGGUGAGCGAGCACUGGGUCGAGAUGAAGCUGGUCCGCCUGGGUAGGCUGAAGAAAACGAUCAUCCUGGGCCACUCCUUCUUGGGCUUGGACACCACCCCCAGUGGGUCACAACACUGGCAGGACAUCAUCAAUGCCAUGGAUCAAGAAGUGACACGUUGGCAUCCUAUCAUCCUUCACAACUGACACCAUUACCAGUCUAUCUCAUGCAGCCCAAGUCAUCCACGAAAUCUUUCUAGAAAUGUCAUCUGCAAUAUUAACCAAUAUUGAUGAACAAAAUGGCACAAUACCGUGACUGGAACAAUACACAAAUAACCUGCACAAAGAAAGAGAAGCUCUCCUGCAAUGCCCUCUCUCUUGUCCUAUGAAUGACCCCACUACUACCAUUAACCCUUAAACUGUCCAAACGUAGAUCUACGUCCACGUGCGGAGGGCUCCGAACGUAGAUCUACAUCCACGUGCGGAGGGCUCCGAACGUAGAUCUACAUCCACGUGCGGAGGGCUCCGAACGUAGAUGUACAUCCACGUGCGGAGGGCUCCGAACAUAGAUCUACUUUUUUUUACAUGCUUUCAAAUGGGGAAAAUCAAGGUCGGAGCGCUAUGCACGUGAACGCAGAUCUACGUUUGGACAGUUUAAGGGUUAAUAUUACUUUUGCCAUUACCAUUACUCUUGUCUCCCUACACCCUUCACUCCCCCUUCUAUUUCUUGUCCCACUAAAACUACUCUCUCUACUUUCUACCACCACUACUACUACUACCACCACCACCACCACUACUGCUACUACUACUACUACCAGCCUUACCACUGCCACUACUACUUUUCCUUCCUCUCAUGGUCCCAUCCCUGUCCAGACCUCCUAUAUAUACUGGCUUGCUCUCUCUUGUGUUAGUGUGCCUUUGUAAAUGGACCAAAUUAGACAAACAUCAUGAACUUCUCUCUAUGUGCAGGUUAUUUGUGCAAUAUUGAUGACACUGGUGUAAUCCGCUGCUGAAGUCAUCCAAUGUCAGACAUCCUCUGGACAAAAAAAACAGCACCAAGGUUAUCCGAGAGACAAGUAUACAGUUUACAAAACAUCAAAUGUUGAAUAAUUAUGGUAUAGUGAACUUAAAUUACAAACUAUUACAUACCAUUAUUAUUAUUACACUGAUGGGAAAAUACCAAACUUGAGGUCACAUACCACGUAAGGAAUGGAUGGUAAUCAUAUUUGAUCUGAGAAAGGGGAGGGGUGGCUCCAAUUUCUAAGCUCAAGUGUUGAAAACUCACGACAUUGUGAACUUUGAUAAUUUACAAGCUAUGUUACUGUAUAUGUCCCAGGGUUAACACCUUUUUCUCGCUAGAUAAAAGUUAAAAGUCUAAGAACAAUAAACACUAAGAAAUUAAGUAUGUACUUUGACUCAAAAUAAUGGAUUUUUGGUCAAAAUUUUUAGGUUAGCACAGUUUAUGUUUUACACAUUGGUUUAAGACACAAAUCUGGCUGCACAUCAUUAAGAAGUGCUGUAUGAUCUUAUGGGUUUAGAGGUUAGUUAUGAUUAUAAAAUUAACGUAUAUUGUUACAGUCAGCUGAACAGCCGACUGUAACGAUAUACUGUCUGUAAUUUUACUUAAAUGCUAUUGAAAGAAUGCAUAAAAAUUGAAUAGCACAUGCUGGGAAAGCAUUCCCGUCCUUUAUUCAAUUCUUGGCUGCAUUUUUUCAGUCGUGUUUACAAAACAAUUGCAUUAUUGGUGUAUAAAGGAGCUUCAUAAGAGCACUGACUACAAUAUUCAUGGUUAUAUUAUGAAGACUAUAAAGACAAUACUGUGACUGGAACAAUACAGCCUCUCCUCACUCAGCAACGUACUCGUUUACCGACACAUCGGACUUACGACAGGCUCUCUGACCAGUAUUUGUACCUAAAUGUAUAUUAGAGCAUAUUUCCUCUGUUCUGUUUAUUACAAUAUACAGUACAUUACUGUACAAGCAUUUAAGAAUAUACCAGAAAUGUUAUAAAUAGUGCAAAGGUGACAUUAAAACUAUAUCAAAAAUGGCUGACACAAACCCACUACCAUUAUAGUAUGCUCCACACUUAGCCAUGAAUUCGUUUACCAACAUGGUCUUAGGAAUGGAACUCUGUUGUUAAGCGAGGAGAGGGUGUACACACACAACCUACACGUAGGAGAGAGAAACUUACGACGUUAUUUCGGUCCGACUUGGUCCAAGUUGUGUUACUUGUUAUGGUCCAAGCCAGACCAAAAUAUCGUCAUAAGUUUCAAUAUCCUGUAUGCAAGUUAUCUGUGUAUUCUUCUUAUUUUAAUGGAGAAGAGCUACAUAGGUCACACCAGGUGCUGUGACCAGGGCACAACCAGGUGCUAUGAUCAGGGCAUAACCAGGUGCUCUGACCAGGGCACAACCACGUGCUGUGACCAGGGCACAACCACGUGCUGUGACCAGGGCACAACCAUGUGCUGUGACCAGGUCACAACCACGUGCUGUGACCAGGGCACAACCACGUGCUGUGACCAGGGCACAACCACGUGCUGUGACCAGGCCAAUCAGGUUUAAUUCAAAGGGAAGGUGGUUCCAAUUCCUUGGAUCAGGAGCCAUGAACAGAUUGAAAGGACACUCCUUGAAGGGUAGCGUUUUAAUACACGUUAGUCUUUGUCCAUUUUCAUAUUCCUUUCUAGACUUUCACCACAAAAUUACACAGUCAGGGUUUGGAACUUUUUUGUGACUAAUAUUAAUUACUUCCUGUAAUCUUUCUAAUAAAGAAAUAUUGUUAUUUAUUAAUUUAAAAGUAUAUUUCCUUUUGAAACAUUCUUGUGACAAGUAAAAAAUGUUGAAAACUGGGGAUGUAAAGUGAGGGGAGGGGUGGUGGGGAAAGUUUACCUGGGUGUUCCAUGGGUCAACACCCUCACGGACUGGGCCAUGACCAUGCUGCAGGGGACUGGUCAUAACCAAGGGCUUUCUGCAUGCACAACCAUAUAUCACCCAUCUCGAUACAAACAUUGUAUUACGUGGAAAUAAAUCUUGGACUUUGGUGAUUUGAUGAAGAUGAGGGUAAUUAAGUCUUUGGAUCAAAAGCCCUUCACCAGCACCAAAACUGAUAAACAAAAAAAAUAUUCUCUUCUUUAAACCAUAAAAAGUAUGAUGGGCACUUAGUUGAUGGAUCCUAAGUUUAUUGAAGUACAGAUACACACAAGUACAAUUAUCAUACAUAGUUUAAAGUGUAUAAAUUACAUAGGAUAACCCAAAACAGUCAGACUAAGUGACUUAUUUUCAUUGGGGUCCUUGAUUUCCAUUAGAUGUAUCUCAUCUUUGCAUGGCAUCAAGGUUCCUUACCUUUCAAGAAGUUGCACAGUUUACAACACUUACAUAACUUCCACUCAAGUCUAUUCCAAAACUACAACUGUCAAAACAAGGGAAGUUUCAAAAUCACUACAAAUAUUAACAUACACUUGAAUGGUAUACAAUACCUAGAAGAUUUCUGAAGACUAUAGUACUCUUCAACUCCAAGACUGGGGGACUGAUUACCUCAUCUUUUGUAUACGUUAUAGUUCUACAGUAUGUCCUUGAAUUUGUAUUGAUAAAGAAACUGGAUGGCAAAACGUCUACAAAUAAAGAAACCCUGAUGUUGCACAUGUUUAAUUCUUCAACUAUUAUGAUAAAAUGCAGCUUCUUGUUUGUCAUGCAUAUGUAGAUCUCUCCACGAUUGUUACAAAAAACGAGAUUCUAAAAGCUUAGAGAUCUCCAGUGAAUACUAGAAAGGACUACCCUUCUAGCAUCCAGCCUGUUACUGGGUUUUCAUAACAAUUAGUCAUUAUCCUUGUCCAAUUAUUCAUUAGAAUU